AUGGCACUGAUCCAACACGGUUCAGUUUCUGUUACCUCCGCGGUUCGAUUGAGCUUCUCCUCACCACCGUCGUCGUCGUCUUCUCCUCCGUUGACGACGGGAGUUUCUCUCAAUUUUCAGCCGGAGAAGAAGGGUUGGUGGAGGAGGAGAAGUUGCUGCCGGAGAAUGAUAUGCAGAGCUAUGGUACAAGAGUCGGCUCAAGGAAUUCCAUCGGUUUACGCCAGGGAAAUGGAGCGUCUCUCCGCUAAGGAAUCGCUGAUUCUCGCCUUCAAUGAUGCUGGAGGAUUUGAGGCAUUAGUCACAGGGAAGAUCACUGAUCUGCAGAAGAUCGAUGUGAAUGAGAGGAUAACCAGUCUUGAGCGGCUUAACCCGACUCCUAGACCAACCACGUCUCCUUAUCUUGAAGGCAGAUGGAGUUUCGAGUGGUUUGGAUCCAACAGUCCUGGCUCACUCGCAGCUCGCGUUAUAUCCGAGAGGUUUCCUUCGACAUUUGUGAGCCUAUCCAAUAUGGAGAUAUUCAUUAAGGAUGCUAGUGCAAAGGCGACUGCAAACAUCAAGCUGCUAAACAUGAUAGAGAACAAAGUCAUAGUGUCGUCGAAAUUGACAGUGGAAGGACCUUUAAGGAUGAAAGAAGAGUAUUUAGAAGGAAUGCUGGAGUCGCCGACGGUUAUUGAAGAAGCAGUACCUGAACAGCUGAGAGGUGUAUUGGCUCAAGCUACCACCACGUUGCAGCAGCUUCCUGCACCUGUCAAGGACACUUUUGCCAAUGGUCUUAGAAUCCCACUUGGUGGAACUUACCAGAGAUUCUUCAUGAUAUCUUAUCUAGACGACGAGAUUCUUAUUGUAAGAGACACCACGGGAGUGCCUGAAGUUCUAACGAGGGUGGAAACAUCGUCUUCAUCGAGCGUUGUAGAGAAUCUUGAAUACAACAGUUAA